GCAGCGCACGUGUUGUCGCUCCAAGUGCUUGUCGAGUCAAGUGAUGGCCGAGAUGCAGACUCAGAGCGCCGGGGCCGAGGACGGCUUCAGCCAGAUCACCCGCAAGGGUGGCCGGCGGGCGAAGAAACGACAGGCUGAGCAGCUGACCGCAGCGGGGGAAGACGGAGACGCGGGUGGCAUGGACGCGGAGGAAGCCCGGCCGUUGAAGAGGCCCGUCUUCCCUCCGCUGUCUGGAGACGUAUUUCUGAGUGGGAAAGAAGAAACACGGAAAAUUCCAGUCCCAGCUAAUAGAUACACACCACUAAAAGAAAACUGGAUGAAGAUAUUUACUCCUAUUGUAGAACAUCUGGGACUUCAGAUACGGUUCAACUUGAAAUCAAGGAAUGUAGAAAUCAGAACUUGUAAAGACACCAAGGAUGUUAGUGCUCUGACAAAAGCAGCUGAUUUUGUGAAGGCCUUUAUUCUUGGAUUUCAGGUAGAGGAUGCACUUGCCCUCAUCAGGCUUGAUGACCUCUUCCUGGAGUCUUUUGAAGUUACAGAUGUUAAGCCCCUGAAGGGAGACCAUCUAUCCAGAGCAAUAGGAAGAAUCGCUGGCAAGGGAGGAAAAACCAAGUUUACCAUAGAGAAUGUGACACGGACACGAAUAGUUUUGGCAGAUGUGAAAGUUCACAUCCUUGGCUCUUUCCAAAACAUUAAGAUGGCAAGAACUGCUAUUUGCAACCUCAUUCUGGGAAAUCCUCCAUCGAAGGUUUAUGGCACUAUUCGAGCUGUGGCUAACAGAUCAGCAGAUCGGUUCUGAUUUUAAAUCAGAGAUUUUGUAUCUUAUCUUUGGACUUUAAAGAA